GUGCAUUGUGGGUUUUUUUCCGCAGGAAUGGCGGGAGCAGGUUUUGAUCCGCUUGGUGAGGUAGUGGACGGCAGCGAGCUGCGGGUGGUGAGCUCCCUGGACAGCCAGGGGCACUGCGUGCUCAGUAACCUGGCCGAGGUGGUGGAGAGAGUGCUCAGCUUCCUGCCCAUCAAACCCCUGCUCACAGCUGCAUGUGUGUGCCGGCUUUGGAGGAAUUGUGCUCUACGCAAGCUAAAAGCAAGGCAGAGGAUAGUUUGGAUCUCCUCCACUGAAGACACUGGAAAAGACCUGCCAUCUAGUCCUCACCCAUUGUUCCAUGUGGUAAAAAGAGAACUUGAGCAUAUUUAUGUGCUUCCACACAUCUUUAUUUAUGUCACAGACAGUCUGAUUUUACAAACUGAUGGCAACGACCAAGUUUCAAAGAGGGGUAAAAAGAAGCCUCUGUGUGAAACAGCGGCUGCAUUUGAGAAGAUUCUACCAAAGGAGUGUGAAAUACUGGGCUUGACUGCACUGGGAAUUGUAGCUACGCCAAUGGGAUCAAGUAGUAAUCGUCCUCUAGAACUGGAACAUGGGGAGGCUGGUUUUGGGCUUAUAAUACCUAAAAUGAAUGGAGUGAAAGUCCAGACAUUCCAUUUCAUAAAGGACCCAAAAUCGAGAUGUUUUGAUGAAAGUAAACUACAAGAAGCUGGGCUUAAAAAUAACCCUGAUCUUAGAGUGGUCCUGAUAUUUGGAUACAACACAUGGAGACAAGGAGACACCCGCUUCCUUACCCAAGUACUAGGUCCUCUAAAUGAGAAAAAUAUUAUCAUCGCAGGAGGGCAGGUUGAGUACUUGGCACCAUUCUCUCCCCAAAUGAAGGCUAAAGGCUCAACAUACACUGGUGCUGGUGGUUUAACAUUCAGUGGCCCACGGAUCCAGGCAGCUUCAGUCCUCCUAGACGUUAAUGUGGACAAAGUGGAGACUGCAGACUCUGUUAUCCAGCGUCUAAAAGCCGCUAAUAUCCCUGAAGAAAACAGCAUAGGGCUCAUGUUUGCAUGUAACGGCCGAGGAGGACAGCACUAUUACAAGGACAAUGUGGAGGCCGACUUGUUCCGUAAGCACUUCCCAAGCAUCCCUCUUUUUGGCUUCUUUGGAAAUGGCGAGAUCGGUUGUGAUCGCGUAGUAGGUGCCAGUUUUACAUUGAGGGAGUGUUGUGAUAACAGGGAUGAACUUUUGCAUGGUUACUGUACAGUGAUGACUAUCAUUCAUUUUGGCAAGUAGCCACCCAGCAGAUACAUUGCGAACAGUGUCUGUGGCCCUGCUCUACCACCUGUUAAUCACUGAGCUCUGCAAACUAGUGGACUAAUCUCGCUGGAGCCAACUUUAGAGCAAUGAUUUUAGUUUGGUCCUAGUUAGCCAUUUUAGUUCUGAUGCCUCAACAAGUAAAACGAAUAAAGAUUCUAUGUGUAAUUUCAUUUACGUUGUGUAUAAAAGUAUCUUUUCUUUUUGUCUUUGCUGCUUUAAGCCAAACAUGUUGCCUUAAUUGGCCACUUAAAAGGACACAUUCAGUGGUAAAGUAUUCAGUACAGUUUUCACAGUAAAGUGGUCUAACAAGUAUUACAUUAGGCUGUUGAUUGAGGAGUACUGAUCUUUCAAAACCUGUUCCUAGAAGGUACAAUUCUGAAAACCCAAAAAAGGAAAACCGUUUGAUGCUAUCUAAAUAAAUAUGUGCUUCCUUA